CAUUUUCUUUCCACAGCAGGCUCUGAUCUCUUAAUCUCGUUAAAUCUGUGUGUAAUUUUUGGGUGUGCGUGUUUGGUGUUUGGUGUUUGUGAAAAUGUCGCAGUUAGUAGACAAGGCUAAGAACUUCGUAGCCGAGAAGGUGGCUAACAUAAAGAAGCCGGAGGCAAGUAUAACAGAUGUUGAUUUCAAGAAGCUGAGCCGGGACUCGGUGGAAUACCAUGCCAAGGUCGCUGUAAGCAACCCUUAUGGCCAUUCCAUUCCCAUCUGUGAGAUCUCUUACACCCUCAAAAGCGCUGGCAGGGUAAUUGCAUCUGGGACAGUACCGGACCCUGGGUCUAUAGCAGCAAGUGACACAACGAAUUUGGACGUGCCAGUGAAAGUACCACACAGCGUGUUAGUGAGCUUGGCAAGGGAUAUUGGUGCUGAUUGGGACAUUGACUAUGAGUUGGCUUUGGGACUUACCAUUGAUCUUCCUCUUAUUGGAGACUUUACCAUCCCACUCUCUACCAAGGGAGAGAUCAAGCUUCCUACUCUCUCCGAUAUGUUUUAAUUAGUUAUUUAUUUCUACCUCUUCAUGUUCAAACUUUCUUUACUUAAUUUCCUUAAUUGUAUCUUUUCUAAUAUUAUACACAUAUAUAUAUAAUUACCAAUA